AGCCGCAAAAUUUCGAGGCGCUUUCUCUCCACGUUCGACAAACCAAACAGAACAGAUCCUCUUUCCAUCCCAGCUUCUCUCCUCGUCAACAACGUUGUUAAGAAAUCAAAAUCCCCUGUUUUUCAAGCUCAAAUAAAACUAAAAGAAAAGGAAUAUGAACUUCUUCAGCAAAAAACCAAGCCCUAAAGAGGCUCUUCGAGAUAGCAAGAGAGAAAUGCAACAUGCUACUAGAGGUAUAGAGAGGGAAAUCGGAGCAUUGCAGCUAGAAGAAAAGAAGCUUGUUGCGGAGAUAAAACGGACAGCUAAGACUGGAAAUGAUGCAGCAACUAAAAUUUUAGCCCGGCAGCUAAUCAGGCUUAGGCAGCAAAUAGCUAACUUACAAGGCAGUCGAGCUCAAAUGAGAGGCAUAGCGACUCAUACUCAGGCAAUGCAUGCUCAGUCUUCAGUUGCUGUUGGUUUAAAAGGUGCCAGUAAGGCAAUGGAAGCUAUGAAUAAGCAAAUGGCGCCUGCAAAGCAAAUGAAGGUUAUAAGAGAGUUUCAGAAGCAGUCAGCACAAAUGGAUAUGACUACUGAAAUGAUGUCGGAUGCCAUAGACGAUGCCUUGGAUAACGAUGAGGCUGAAGAGGAGACUGAAGAGCUGACGAAUCAGGUGCUGGAUGAAAUUGGUGUUGAUGUUGCCUCACAGUUGUCAGCGGCACCAAAGGGUAAAAUCACAGGGAAGAAUAGAGAGGAUGCCAGCAGUUCUGGCAUUGACGAGCUAGAGAAACGUUUGGCAGCCAUGAGAAACCCUUUAGAUGACCAUCCUGCAUUUUGAAGGCUUCCCUCGUAAUUUGAUUCUUCACGGGGCUGUAUUCUGUAGGCAUUUUUUUUUCUUUUCCAAACCCAUGUUUCCCCUCAAUGUUACUCAUUUGCUUGCAGGUUCUGAUAAUUUGAGACACCUUGUUGAACUGGAUUAAUAUCUUAUGCACAAUGUUAUCUUAACAUUCCAUAAUUUGAUUUCUUCCUGGGGCUGUA